AUGACCGCGCGGCAAAAAGCGAAGUCGGAGCACGAGCUUUUCGCGGAGGAUGAUGACGAGCUCAUUCACGUGGUAAUCGGGCUUAAGUCUUCGCCAGACUUCGCCAAGACGAGCGGGUUUCGCCUGCCGAUCCCGAAUUCCCUGUAUCCUCUGGAUGCGGGCAAGGAAGUCUGUCUGCUUGUCAACGACGACCCCAAGGGCGGCCAUAAAAAAUCGAAGGACAAAUUCCUGAAGCAGAAUUCAGCCGGGAUUACCAAGGUGAUCGGGCUGACCAAGCUGCGCACCAAGUACAAGCAGUAUGAGUCCAAGCGACAACUACUCGGCUCUUACGACCGCUUCCUGGCCGACGUUGACAUCCUCCACCAGCUUCCCCCCCUUAUUGGCACAAAGUUCUUCAAGAAGAAGAAGCACCCGAUCCCUGUGAAGCUCCGUGGGAAGGACAGGGCGAAGAGUGUGCGAGAGGCGUGCGAUAGCACGUAUUUGUAUGUGAGUGGGGGCCCGUCGAUGAGCGUGCGGGCGGCGAGGUUCGGCAUUAGCGAGGAGGAGAUUGUGGGGAAUGUGAUGGCGGUGGUGGCGGGGGCGGUGGAGCACGUGCCGAAGAAAUGGAAGAAUGUGAGCUCGUUGCAUAUACGCGCCACGGAUUCGCUCACUCUGCCGAUCUACAUGGCGGAGGUUGAUUUGCCUACGAAAAUGGCUGUUAAGGUGGUUGGACGGAAAGGGGUUGAGGAAGGGGUGGAGAUGGAGGUUGGAGGUGGGGAUGAGGAGGUGGGGAAGGGGAAGAGGAGAAGAGGGAGCACAGGGGGCAAAGUGGCAGGUGUGAAGGCCAAGAAGCCGAAAGUAGUGAAGAGGAGGUUGUCGACUUGA